GCAUCCCCGUCAUCAACCAGCUGUAAGCGCAAGAACAUACCGACAAUCGCAAACAGCUGAUUCGUAUAUCAUGCAUCUUAUUCGUAUUCCUUUCGCAGACGAGAAGUGCAAAAUUUUCAUGGGUGUGUUUUCUGUGUAGUCGAGGUGAAAAUUAAAUGCAAAUUAGACAGCACAAAGGUUUUAGCAAUCACAGAAUUUAUUAGCCUAGACCAUGUAGAGUGAAAAUUUUGAUUAUUUUUUAUACAACUUACAUAUGAACUACAAAUGAUAAAUGUUUCAACGCAGCGGAGCACAUGCGUCAAUACGCAUCGCAACCCACCAACAACAGCCGUCAAGCCUUGCUGCGCCCACGUCUGACAGCGAAAUGACGGAAUUUCUAAGUGCAACCGCAGCACCAGGAGGAAGGACACCGCUAACCAAAAAGCUACUUCUAACAUUACUGGUACUGGUUCAGGUAUGCUUCAUUUCGUGUCUGUGGCUGUUGCAAAUAGGCGGAGGCCUUAAUGCCAGCACCAAUGAGGUAGCAGUACUGAAUGAGGGCAAACGAAAUAUGGCAAUCAAUACCAAGCCAUCUGCCUUGAGUGCUAUGCCACAUGCGGCAGCAUUGCACGGGAUGAGGCGGGUUAAUUUUAUUACAAAAACGACAGUAUUGGGAUUAACCGAAACUGUGGACAGAAAUGAAGUUUUAAAUCACGAUUUAUCACCACCUGUGAUAGGAAAUAGUCAAUCAGGGAAAGUAAGCAAUUUCAGAAAAGACUUUUAUCUAAAAACAAACAGACUGAAUAAAACCAUAGAACUAAGAAACGGAACUAGCUUAGUGCCUGAGCUGGACAACGAUGCAGUUUGGUGCUUCCGUGAGGGUAGCAUUGACGAAUUCUCCCAACUGUCGAAUGAUGAUGAUGCGCAAAAUGACGCGCUCUCUUGGGAAGAGGACACGCAAUGCAAAUGUCGCGCUGGUUGGCAUGGGCGUGACUGUGGACAACCGGAAGUCAUGUGGCGUGCGCUGCUAACGGCAAAAUCACACUUCCGCUUGCAGCAACCAAGUGAAACACAGAAUGUUAAUCAAUUAGUUUACUUGCUGGAAGGCAAUUUCUUCAAUUUAGAUUUGCUGCAAUUACAAAUACAAAUACUGGCAGAUAUAGUCGAUUAUUUUGUAAUAUUUGUGAGGCCAGCGCGCAAGGAUAUAAAAAUGCUCGAGCAUUGGUUAAGAGAAACGUUAGCAGCGAACAAAUACCUGAUUUUCCAAUGUGACACUCGCCAUGUGUUAGAAGCCAAUUGUACGACAGCACAAGCCUAUGCAUACUUCCGCCAACAACUGAAACGUAAGCAGCGCCAACUGGAACUAAAGCCAACCGAUUUGCUGCUUUACACCGGUGAUCGUGUGUUGCCAUCACUUCAAGCGCUGCAAUUCCUCAAAUAUUAUGCAACGGAUGUGCGUACAGUACCUUUUCGACUGAAAUUUGUUGUGUAUGGGUUUUAUUGGCAACAUCCAAAGCAAACUCAUCUUAGCGGUCUUAUAAGUUCCUUUGUCCAUGUGGACAACCCAAGCCAACUAAUAGAUGGUGGUGGCAGAAAUCCAGUCAAAAUACUGCAACGAAUUCUUACAGAAAGUAGUCAACCACCGCCAUUUGUCAUCGGCGAUCUCAAUCACUUUGGUGGAUGGUUUUGCAAAUAUUGCCAGCAGCCAGAAGAAAUAGUGGCCGAAUUGCACGCUGAAUCGAACGCCACGAGACAAGUGCAAUUCCCUGACGCGGUACGUAGCCACAACAUUGAUGUGGCCUAUUUGCAAAAACUUAUUGCCACUGGUAUCUAUGUUGAUGGGAAAACACAACUAAUACGUAAUCGUCGAUAUUCCGACAAGUAUUAUGCACCGCCAUUGGCGGAAACGGAAAAUGCAAAAUAUGGAAAUCUAUUAGUAAAUUUAUACGAGUCAUUUGACGAUGAUAUUGAAUAUGAAGCUGGAGAUUAUUGAUGAAAAGAUGGACAGCAGUUGAUCAAAUCAACUGAAACUACAUACAUAUGCAUAUUGGUUGCCU